AUGGCUCCCAGCCAUGUAGGCAGAUCCUGUCUCUACCGCCGGUCUCCUCUCGCGUUCCCUUCCUCGCCCAACCCUACGUUGGUUAGACUGCGAUUUACCCAACGCCGAACAUUCUCCCACACUCGACACCAAUGGCAAGGCCACGAACAUGAGAGCUUCAGCUCCCGCCUGGGGAAAGCAUGGAGGAAAACAAAGAUAGAAUGGAAACCCAUCCCUGUUGGCCUAGGGAUUGGCUUCCUCGGUCUGCUGCAAUUCAUCCGCAUCCGACAAAGAGAAGGCGGGGCCCAAGAAGGCAGCUCCGAAACUGAUGGCAAGCGACCCCCCAAACGACAACGAAUAUAUCCCUCUGGGGGUGGCUGGCAGGUCCAGGUCAUGUCUACUUUGCCUCUCAAGGCCAUCUCCCGUGUUUGGGGGCGCUUCAACGAACUCACCAUCCCCUACUACCUGCGAGUCCCUGGUUUCAGGCUCUACGGCUGGAUCUUUGGCGUCAACUUCAACGAAGUUGCCGAACCAGAUCUCCACGUCUAUCCCAACCUCGCCUCCUUCUUCUAUCGGGAGCUCAAGCCUGGUCUCCGCCCUCUCGACCCCAAUCCGAAUGCCGUCUUGUCACCCGCCGAUGCCCGCGUUCUGCAGUUUGGAACCAUCGAGAACGGCGAGGUCGAGCAGGUCAAGGGCAUGACCUACAGCGUGGACGCCCUUCUUGGCUCUAUCUCACCUACCGGUACUUCCCCUAACCCACAAUUUCCCUCCAACAUCUUCAAGCCUCCGCAAUCCCUCGCCACAGAUGACCCCGAGGCCAAGUCCAUCUCUCGAGAUCAAGAAUUCGCCAAUCUAAACGGCAUCUCAUACACCCUCUCCAACUUCCUCUCUGGCUCCCCAUCACAAACCAGCCAUAGCCCACCCGCUGCAAGCCAAGACGCCUCGACCAAGCCCUUACCUUCCUCCGAAGCCGCCGUCUCCGCCGAGCUGGCCACAACUCAACCUUGGUGGUCUCCCUUCUCCUCCCCCUCAACCUCCAGCAAAUUAUACUACAUCGUCGUCUACCUCGCCCCAGGCGAUUACCACCGCUUCCACUCACCCGUGUCCUGGGUGUGCUCGACCCGCCGCCACUUCGCUGGCGAACUGUACUCCGUCUCGCCCUAUGUCCAGCGCACCCUGCCGGGCCUAUUCACACUGAACGAACGAGUCGUCCUCCUCGGCCGUUGGAAGUACGGCUUCUUCAGCUAUACCUCUGUCGGCGCCACUAAUGUGGGUUCUAUUGUGAUCAACUUCGACAAAGAACUGCGCACCAAUUCCCUCACGACAGACACUGAAGCCGACAGGCAGGCUGCGCAGGCUGCUGAACGAGGGGAGCCAUAUUCGGGUUUCAGCGAAGCCUCCUAUGAGGCGGCCAGUAAAGUCUUGCGCGGCCAUGCUUUGCGGAGGGGCGAAGAGAUGGGCGGCUUUAGACUGGGUUCCAGCAUCGUCCUCGUCUUUGAGGCGCCUGCUGGGACAGUCAAAAGAAAGAGCGAGACUGGCGGUACCGUUGUUGCUAGCAAAGCAGACAACGAAAUUGUCGGCGACUUCAAAUGGGCCGUUGAGAGAGGUCAGAAAGUAAAGGUCGGCCAGGCCCUGGGAUAUGUGGCUGAAGACGAGUAG